AUGGAAAGUGAAGAUAAUGAAAUCGACUUAUUAGCUAACACAAAAUUAACUUACUCCCCCCCCCCCUCCGUGAGCGAACAAAACCAUUAGAAAAAUCGCCAUUUUUUGACCAAAAACCCACCCUCCGUGAGUGAACAAAAAUUUUUUUAAUAGAAAAAAUUUUAAUGGAAAAAAAUUUGGAUAUAUAAGUGAUAAUUAGUAUAAUGAAAUCUAGAGCUAAUUCUGUUUAAUUUUAAACAAAUUGCGUUUUAAAACAUAAAUUUUGCAAAUUAAAUUAAUAUUUGCUUCCCAAUUUUUGCAAAUUAGGAUUUUUUUAAAUUUCGAAAAAAAUAUUUUUUAUAAAAUUUAUAUAUAAAUUUUUUUUAAAAAAAAAAAUUAACCCCCCUCCGUGAGCGAACAAAAUUUUUUUGUUCGCUCACGGAGGGGGGGGGGGGAGUUAUAGUCAAGUUUUUGAUCUUGCUACUAGUAAAACUUCUGAUGAAAACUCAGCAACUCUGCAAAAUCAGUCUAUUUGAAAAAUUUUGAUUCUUGAUGAACUCUCAAGUUUAAGUUUGACAACCUUGAUCCACAUAAGUAGUCUACGAAAACAUAACAUUACACUAUAUCUCAGUCUCAACUCACAGAGAGAGCCUUUAGCCUCUGCAAUAGCAAUUUAUUUAAUCGAACCCACAGAAAUCAAUAUUCAGCAGCUAAUAAGAGACAUGACAAAUCGAUUAUAUGAUGCCUAUCAAAUUGAUUUCCUUUAUCAUCCAUCACAAGAAAUUAUACAAAUGCUUAGAAAAGGGCUCUCCGAUGCAACAAUAACUCCCCCUUUAAAUUGAACAAAAUAUUCCAUUUUUUGGGUGCUUUAUGCUCUUUAAAUUGGAACAAAUUGUUUUAAUGGGAAAAUUAUGUAAGUAAAAUACUAAUUUUAUAAAAUAGCCUAAUUUAAUGGAAAAAUGAAAUAGAAUGCUAUAUAAACAGUUUUCGCACUGUGUCGAGUAAUUUCAUUUAAUAAUAAUAUAUUAUAAAAAUAAAUUGAAAUUAUAUUUUUUUAAUUUUUAAUUAUAAUUUUUUAGAAAACAAUUAACUCCCUUUAAAAUAGAGCAGGAUUUUUUGUCAAAUUUAAAGGGGAGGAUGACUAAGAUCAAAGCUGCUUAAAAUGUGCGUGUUUCAUCUCAAUUAUAUUGUACUAGAGGAAAAAUUAUUUUGCUUAAAUGGACCUUCUUUUGAAGACUUAUAUUUUUCAAGUGAAAAUUGAAGCUUAUAUGAGAAAAUUGCAAUGGGAUUGUUUUCUAUAUUAAAAACAUGCAAAAUUAGACCUAUUAUUAAAGCUACUAAAGGAAUGAGUCAGCAAGUUGCUUCAAGUCUAGCAAGGCUUUGCUGAGAUGACCAUGAAGAAAUCCACUCUUUAUCACGCCCUUUGUUGCUAAUAGUGGACCGUAAAAUUGAUUUUUCAGUCAUGCUUCAUCAUCCAUGGACAUAUCAAGCCCUCGCUUCUGACGUAUUUGAAUACGAGUCGAAUAAGCUUUUAUUGUCCGGAGAGCCAGCUUUGCUUUAUGAGCUUGACAAAACAAGAGACAAAUUUUGAAAAUUGCAGGGAGACCUUCCAUUUAAUGAUAUCUUAGGAAAUAUUGAGCAGUCAGUCUCUGAUUGAAAGGAAAAGUAUGAUGCGAUUGACAAGAAUUUCAAAGAAACCAUUGGAGAUGUAGCUGAAAUUACUGAAGAAAAAAAAAUCUUAGACACACAUAUGAGCAUUGCUAGCAGGCUAGUUAAUGAAGUCCAUGCAAGGAAUUUGCAUAAUUUCAGCCAAAAUGAAGCUUAUUUAAUGCAUGGUCAAACCCCUGCAGACGAAGAAUUCUUAAAAAAUCAGUCAGAAAAUGACACUGAGGAAUUUAAGCAGGAUUUAUUAAGAUAUGAAAUUAUAAAAUUCUUGCAUGGAAAGAAAGAAAACAUUUCAGAAGAAAAUAUCCUAAGAUUCCUUGAGAGCACUAGAGAAGAAGUAAAACAAACCACAAAAAUGAAGCUGAUCACUGGUUUAGCCAAAAAACUUAAAGAUAACUUAAUGGGGCAUGAACAGUGGUUUCCUAUCACAAAAUUUUUAUAUCAGGCAAUGAAAAAUACAGGCACAGAGCUAGAAACCUAUGAUUCAAUGGAAGAAAAAGGAGGAGGAUACAAGCGAGAGUUUAAUGAAGCUAUUUUAUUUGUGAUUGGUGGAGGAAGUUAUACAGAAUACUGCAAUUUGAAUCAUUUUUCCAAAGAGUUUAAUAAAACUGUUAUCUAUGGAUCUACCGAGAUUUAUUCGCCAAAUAAGUUUUUAGAGCAAUUAAAGAAAGCCAAAUAA